CGGGCACUUUCCGAGGGGACUCGGGAGCGGGAGGCAGCGCCGAGCCCGGCCAGCCCCGCUCCGCCAUGGCCCCGGCCCCCCCGCGCCGCCCCCGGCCCCGGCCCCGGGCGCUGCCGCCGCUGCUGCCGCUGCUGCCGCUGCUGCCGCUGCUGCUGCCGCCGCUGCCCGCCGCUGCCUUCAACCUGGAGGCGUCGCGGCCCGUCGCCUUCCGCGGGGCCCCCGGGUCCCUCUUCGGCUUCGCGUUGGACUUUUACCUGCCCCAACCCCGCAGUGUCAGCAUCCUGGUGGGUGCCCCCAAGGCCAACACGAGCCAACCCAAUGUCACCCAGGGGGGGGCCGUCUAUCACUGCCCCUGGCCCCCCAGCGACGACUGCACUCCCAUCGACUUCGAUCACAUUGGGACCCGCACCCACGACUUCGGGGGCAACAGCACGGAGACCCCCGACCCCGUCGAGUUCAAGUCCCUGCAGUGGUUCGGGGCCACCGUGCGGGCGCACAACGCCUCCAUCCUGGCCUGCGCCCCACUGUACAGCUGGAGCCCCCCCAAGGAGGAGGGGGGGGGCCGGGAGCCGGUGGGCACCUGCUUCCUCUCCAUCGGCAACUUCUCCAAGUUCGUGGAGUACGCGCCCUGCCGCUCAGACCUGAACUCUGCGGCCGGGCAGGGCUACUGCCAGGGGGGCUUCAGCGCCGAGUUCACCCAGACAGGACGGGUGCUCCUGGGGGGGCCCGGCAGCUACUUCUGGCAAGGGCAGGUGAUGUCGGCGACGCAGGAGCAGAUCGCGGCCUCCAGCUACCCCGAGUACUUCAUCCAGGAGGUGGCCGGGCAGCUCCAGACGCGGCAGGCGGCCCCCACCUACGAUGACAGCUACAUGGGCUACUCGGUGGCAGUUGGCGAGUUCAGCGGGGACACGACACAAGACUUCGUGGCUGGCGUCCCCAAGGGCAACCUCACCUACGGCUACGUCACCAUCCUCAAUGGCACCAACAUGAAGUCCCUCUACAACUUCUCAGGGGAGCAGAUGGCCGCCUAUUUCGGCUACGCUGUGGCAGCCACGGACGUCAACAACGACGGGCUGACCGACCUGCUGGUGGGGGCCCCCCUCUUCAUGGCGCGGACAGGGGAGGGGUGGGUGCAGGAGGUGGGCAGGGUGUACCUGUACCUGCAGCUGCCCGGGGGGGCCCUGCCCGCCCCCCCCGCCCCGGCACCCACCCCCCUUACGGCACCCACCCCCGCCAUGGCACCCACCCCCACCAUGGCGCUCACCGGGCCCCAGGAAUUCGGGCGCUUCGGCAGCGCCAUCGCCCCCCUGGGUGACCUUGACCUGGACGGCUUCAACGACGUGGCGGUGGGGGCGCCCCUGGGUGCCGAGGGCCGGCAGGGUCUGGUGUACGUCUACAGCGGGCGGGGGGCCGGGCUGCACCCCCACCCUGCCCAGGUGCUGCGGGGGCAGUGGGCGCCCACCCGGCACCCCGACUUCUUCGGAGCCGCCCUGCGUGGGGCCACCGACCUGGAUGGCAACGGCUACCCGGACCUCCUGGUGGGCGCCUUCGGGGUGGACACGGCCGUGGUGUACAGGGGCCGCCCCAUCGUCCACGCCAGCGCCGCGCUCAGCGUCUUCCCCACCAUGUUCAACCCCGAGGAGCGCGGCUGCGUCCUCGAGGGCACCGGUCUCCACGUCCCCUGCAUCAACGUCAGCUUCUGCCUCAACGCAUCGGGGCGUCACCUACCCGGCCCCAUCGGUUUUGAGGUGGAGCUGAGCGUGGAUGGGGCGAAGGCCGGGGGGGCGCGUCGGGCGCUUUUUCUCCCGGGGGGGCAGCCCACCCGCACCCUCACCCUGGCCGUCCCCAACGGCGCCGGCGCCCGCUGUCGCACCAUGGCCGUCUUCCUGCGGAAUGAGUCGGAGUUUCGGGACAAGCUGUCACCCAUCGCCGUGGGGUUGAGCUUCGCCCUGGACCCCCACGCCCCCCCCGACACCCAUGGGCUGCACCCGGUCCUGGCCGCCCAUACCCGCACCCGACUGGAGGCCAAGGCUCACAUCCAGCUGGACUGCGGGGAGGACAACGUCUGUGUGCCCGACCUGCAGCUGGAGGCGUCUGUGGACCGUCGCGCCGUCUACUUGGGGGACCGCAACAGCCUGAACUUGACCUUCAACGCCCGCAACCAGGGCGAGGGGGGGGCUUACGAGGCCGAGCUGCACGUGCGGCCCCCCCCCCACGCCCAGUACACCGGGGUGCUGCGCCCACACGGGAACUUCUCUGCACUGAGCUGUGAGCUCGGGGGGGGCAACGGCUCGAGCCCCCUCGUCUGCGACCUGGGCAACCCCAUGAAGGCGGGCGCCAGCAUCUGGGGGGGGCUGCGCUUCACCGUCCCCCACCUCAGCGACAGCAGCAAGAGCAUCCGCUUCGAGCUGCAGAUCCGCAGCAAGAACGCCAACAACUCGCAGAGCGAGGUGGUGACGGUGCCGCUGGAGGUGCGGGCGGCCACCCGCCUCUCCGCCUUCGGGGUGUCACGGCCCGACAUCGUCACCGUCCCCGAGGGGGGCUGGACGCCCGAGCGGCCGCCCCAGCGGCUGCAGGACCUGGGGCCACCCGUGGAGCACGUCUACGAGGUGGUGAACGAGGGUCCCAGCGCCAUCAGCCAUGGCACCCUGGAGCUGAGCUGUCCCCUGACCUUCGGGGGCCACCCCCUCCUCUAUGUCACCGGCCACUCGGGACCCCGCAACUGCUCCGCCAGCCACCCCCUGGACAGCCUGCGCCUGGCGGAGCAGGAGCCGAGCCCGGACACGCACGUCCUGCAGCGCCGUGACACGGGGGACGCGGUCACCAGGGACACGCGGGGCAGCGCCCCCGCCCCGUCCCCCUACACCCUGGGGUGCCCCGAGCCCGAGUGCUUCCGGCUGAGCUGCCCCAUGGGGGGGCUGGAGAAGCAGCAGCGGGUCAGCCUGCGCCUCGCCUUCCGCCUCUGGGCCCCCCCCCUGCCCCAGCGGGAGGCGCGGGCGCAGGCGUUGCGCUGUGAGGCCGAGUACCGGGUGCUGCGGCUGCCGUACCGCGUCCGGCCCCAGCACUACCCCAGCCAGCGCCUGCAGGUGGUGACGGGGCUGCAGUGGGCGCGCGCCGAGGGCGGCCCCGGGGUGCCGGUGUGGGUGGUGGUGCUGGCCGUGCUGCUGGGGCUGCUGCUGCUCGCCCUGCUCUGCUACGGCCUCUACAAGCUGGGCUUCUUCAAGCGCUCGGGGCCGUACGGCACGGCCAUGGAGAAGGCGCAGCUGAAGCCCCAGGCGGCCUCGGAGGCCUGACGGGGCCCCGCACCGCCGGCGUCACCCGCACCGCACCGCGGGCCGCGCACCGCCGCCGGGCCGGGCACCGCCGGGCUGGGUACCCCCGUACCGGGCACCACCAACACGCUGGAUACCGUCGUGCCGGGUGACAACGGUCCCGGUUCUGCCGGGAUGGGCACCGUCGCCGGAACGGGUACCGCUGUACCCGACAUCACCGCCGGACUGAGCAGCACCGUGACGGGCAUCGCCACCGGACGGGGUACCAUCGUGCUGGGCGUCACCACCGGAGCAAGUACCGCCAGGACAGGCACCGUCACCGAACCGGUACCGCCGGGACGGGCGCUGCCGGCACACGGGGCGAUGCCGAGCCGGGCACCACCACGCUGGACACCGCCGUGCCAGGCGGCAGCAGCCCGGGCACAACCGCUGCGCCGGGUACAACCGCCAUAGCUGGCACAACCUGCACGCUGGGCACAACCGCCGUGCCGGGCACCGCCACAACCGGGACACCGCCGCCGUGCCGGGUAACACCGCCGUGCCGGUGGCAUCGCCGUCGUGACCGGCACCGCCAGCCCGGGCACCGCCGUUGACAGUCGGGACACCGGUGGGAUGGAUGACACCGUGCCGGACAACACCGUGCCGGACAACACCGUGCCGACAGCGUCACCGCGCCGGGCACCGGUGCCAGCCCUGUCACCCCGUCCCGGCACAGGACCUGGCGGGGGGCACACACACACACGCACGCACGCACGCGUGCCCCGGCGACACCUUGUCACGGUGUCACCCUCUCACACGGUGUCACCCAGUCGCGGUGUCACCCGGCGCGGCCCAUGUGUGCUGCACUGCCCGUGCCCCCCCCCCGCGGGCACCUCACUUUGCACUGACCCCGCGCCCGAAAUUUUGGGGGGGGGGGGUGACGGGGGGGGGGGGGUGUUGGUGGGGGGAGACACACACAAAACCCACCCCCCCCUCCCCCGCGUGUCCCCGGGGUGUCCCCGGGGUGUCCCCGGGCCGCGGGGGGGGGAUUGCACUAGCGCGGGGGGGGCCGGGGGGGCAC